GCCUGCCAAGGAAUUUCUCGACAUUGUGCAACCACACACUCCCCUUCGCUAAAUGCAAAUAAUUUCACCCUGAGUACAUUAUGAUGGGUCCUCAUUUGAAAAUCCUACAAAUAUUACAUUUAGUUCCCAUUAAAAGCAUGUUUAAAUUUUCUUAAACUUACAUAACCUCGAAACGUGAAAACGAAGGAUCUUAACCAAUCAUUAACCAGCGCGGAACGCAAUAGGGAAGCAUAUUAACAGUGCUGUGAACAUGAACUUCUCCACAACUAAAUGAGAAAUUCACUAAAAGCAAAAUGCAUUGGAUUCAACCUGCAUAAUGCCGAAAAAGGGGAGCAACCACGUCAUACGCGAAACCACCGCAUCCGUUACGAGCACAAUGCCCCGCAACAAUUCUCCACUGGACUUGUACCACUCAAUGUCUUUGAGCAAAAGGAUAGGUUUUUAAGACGUCACUUAACACCGGAAUUUCACCUAACUGUUUCCAACGCAGAACUUGAGGCUGCACUUCUUAGUUCUACAGGAAACAUUACUUUUACCUUGUUUCGCGAAGCACACAGAAUCUUAGAUAUGGUGUGCAGGCGAUUCAAAACUAUCGACAAUUUUGUCGAGGAGGCUUUCGGCCCUCGAAUCUCUAUCGACGAGGCGACAGAAAAAAUCACAGAGUAUAUAAAAGAAUCCAACUUACCCACCGGCCUAGAUGUUAUUUGGUGCGAUGAUCUUGUUGGAAGUGCGCUCAUGUGCAGUACUGGGGUGGACAAAUACGGAAACAUACCUCGUCACAGAAAGUUUACAAUGCUGAUAAAGACAACAGAGAAUACUUAUUUGCGAGAGAAAGGAAUUAUUAACCUAAUGGACCAUGAACUCGGAACGCAUUACCACCGAUCCUUCAACGAAGGUCUCCAGCCGUGGUAUGGCAAAAGGGAGAUUUAUGGUCUGGGCCCCACAAACACAAAUGAAAUGAUCAAAAUUGAAGAAGGGCUGGCGUGCAUCCACACCAUACUGAGGGCGCAACAUCGCUAUCUUGGAGUUCCAGCGCUGCUGUAUUAUGGUUCGUGUAUGGCAGAAUACUUACCGUUUAAGGACCUUUUUAAGCACCUUGGAAAGUACGUUGCAGAUGAAGAACAGAGAUGGAAACACUGCAUGAGGAUCAAAAGGUGCCUGCCUAGCCAGGAUCGCUGUGGGGGAUACGGAAAAGAUCAAAGAUACUUCGAAGGUGCAGUUACAAUACUACGCCAACAGGCCAAUAUUGACUUCUACGUCUUGAUGGCCGGUAAACUCACUCUGGAUGAGCUAGAAAGAGCACGUCGUUGUGCCAUAAUGGCUCCAAUACGCAUGCCGACGUUUAUGAUGAAUAAGGAAAAAUAUUUGGCGACGCUCCGUCAGAUUGCUCGCAUCAACGGAAUCACGGUGGAUAAACGCAUCAUAGAAGGAACUAGGCCAAGGAGCGCCGCAAAUUCACGCGAACAGAAGCGCGGUAGCAUUGCGGAGUAUCGUGUGUCAAUCCCAUGUUCGACCUCAUUCCAAGGAGUAUCAGCUGCGAAGUGGAAAACUCUCAAGUCAUCAAAAUCAAGCUCUAUCUCUGGCUCUGAAUGUGAGGAGGUUACUUACAAACGGUGGAGAAUGCGAUCCAAAAACGCAUGCGAACAAAAGAAUGUAACGCACCAACUCAGUUCGGGAUAUAGUGAAUGUGCUGCAGAAUCAUCAAUACAAAAGCAAUUCAAAACGAAUGAAGAGAAAAGCUUACUUCCACCGAACCAGGAAUAUGUGGUGAAGUUCUACGGACCUAUGUCAAUCAGCAAGCUGUACUCAGGCGCAUUCGUAGAACACUGUGCGAGUUCGAAUUCCCUAAGAAACAACUAUCCAACUCUAUAGUCCGAAUGCGCUCCAAAAGUAGCAAGGAAAACGGGGAAAGGUCCAAUGAUACACACAUGAACAGAAAAACAGGGCGUAAUAACAGGCAGGAAAAGAAACAAACAACCGUCUUGGUAAGUGCGUGUGGAUGCCGUCUAUUUACACACGGUUCGAUGAAGCCAGUGAAAGAGUUGAUGGGGAAAAAUGUCGACAAAAGGGAUUCAAGACAUGGAACAGGCGUCAAGGUGGACAGACAUUCAGUUCCAUUAAUCUUGGAGAUUGAUCUACGCCACCCGUUAACAAGUGUGUGAAAAAGUAAAAAUGACGGUACCCAAAGUAACCUCACGAAGCCGAAAACCAAAGAAUAUGGAUGUCAACAACGUAAAAAGUGGUCUGGAAGCAACUUUCACUAAACAGCCACAAUGGAUAAAUUGUAUUGGCCAAGAUAUUAACAAUUCCAUCAUCCUGAGAACAUGACCUAGCUCCAAGGUCAAAAACCAAGUGAAGAGCCUAGUAGAAUAAGAUUGCGCAUAGUAACGAAUGUAAGCGGUGUUGCAUUAAAUAUAAUUGUUGACGACC